UCCUCCCUUCUUUCCUGCCAGCCAUGGCCAUGACAGGUCCAACGCCGUGCUCAUCCAUGAGUAACCACACCAAGGAGAGAGUCACCAUGACAAAGGUGACAUUGGAAAACUUCUACAGCAACCUCAUUGCCCAGCACGAGGAGCGAGAGAUGAGACAAAAGAAACUAGAACAAAUGAUGGAAGAAGAAGGCCUAAAAGAUGAAGAGAAAAGAAUCAGGAGGUCAGCACAUGCACAAAAGGAGACCGAGUUCCUUCGCCUGAAGAGAACCAGGCUUGGACUGGAGGACUUCGAGUCUCUAAAAGUAAUAGGCAGAGGAGCAUUUGGAGAGGUGCGCCUGGUCCAGAAGAAGGACACGGGGCACGUUUAUGCCAUGAAAAUCCUACGCAAGGCUGAUAUGCUUGAGAAGGAGCAGGUUGGCCACAUCCGUGCAGAGCGGGACAUCCUGGUGGAGGCAGACAGCUUGUGGGUUGUGAAGAUGUUCUACAGUUUCCAGGACAAGCUAAACCUCUACCUGAUCAUGGAGUUCCUGCCUGGAGGUGACAUGAUGACGCUGUUGAUGAAGAAGGACACUCUGACAGAAGAGGAGACGCAGUUCUACAUCGCCGAGACCGUGCUCGCCAUUGACUCCAUCCAUCAGCUGGGAUUCAUCCAUCGCGACAUAAAACCGGACAACCUCCUCCUGGAUAGCAAGGGUCAUGUGAAACUGUCAGAUUUUGGUCUGUGUACUGGGCUGAAGAAAGCCCACAGGACAGAAUUUUACAGGAACUUGAAUCACAGUCUUCCCAGUGACUUCACUUUCCAGAACAUGAAUUCCAAAAGGAAAGCAGAGACUUGGAAGAGGAAUCGCCGGCAGUUGGCUUUUUCUACAGUGGGAACUCCAGAUUACAUUGCUCCUGAGGUUUUUAUGCAGACUGGAUACAACAAGCUGUGUGACUGGUGGUCGCUGGGGGUCAUCAUGUACGAGAUGUUGAUUGGUUACCCACCAUUCUGUUCCGAGACUCCUCAAGAGACGUAUAAGAAAGUGAUGAACUGGAAGGAAACCCUGACAUUUCCUCCAGAGGUUCCAAUCUCUGAUAAAGCAAAGGAUCUUAUUUUAAGAUUUUGCUGUGAAUGGGAGCACAGAAUUGGUGCAUCUGGUGUGGAGGAAAUAAAGAGUAACCCAUUCUUUGAAGGGGUUGAUUGGGAGCACAUCAGAGAGAGACCUGCUGCGAUUUCAAUAGAAAUUAAAAGCAUUGAUGAUACCUCAAACUUUGAUGAAUUUCCAGAAUCUGAUAUCCUUAAACCAACAGUGGCAACAAGCAACCACCCAGAGACUGACUACAAGAACAAAGACUGGGUUUUUAUCAAUUAUACCUACAAGCGUUUCGAGGGCCUGACGGCCCGAGGAGCAAUUCCAUCCUAUAUGAAAGGAGGGAAGUAACACAGCUUUACCUGGAACUUCUGAGCCAUGGAAUUCUGUUGCUGUACUUUGGGUUUAUACCCAUAAAAGAACUUGUUGUUUUUUUUUUAAAGAAAACUUGAGGGCUAUCAAUUCUUGGAGAAGACUUCAGGACCCUGUUUUGUUACACACCUGGUUGUUACUAAGGAUUUUUUUUCCUGCACCAUUGAAAAAUUCCAUGUUUGCAUCAUCUCUGCUGCCAGCACCUUUUGCUGCUUCAGGAGCAAGGGGUUUUUUUAUAUUCUUUGCCAGACUGUCCAGUCCUUUGGGAGAUGAGAGCAAGCUUUCCCUUUGGCAUUGCAAAGCACGGGAUUCUAUGACUGCAUCCAGUCCUGCAUUAAGUGACAAACUCACUCUGCCAAUUCUGCCAGCACUGUUUGCCCAGUAGUUGAGGACUCCAGGAGAGAGGAAACAAAGCAAUAAUUGAAGCUUGAGACAGACAACUGUCUAGUAGAAGGACACAACUCGGAUUGCCUUAACCUUACUUUGUAUUGCUGUUUUUAUAAUGUUCCUUGGAAGCCUCUUCAAUAGCAUUUCUCAGCUCUGUUGCUGUGGCCUCCAGUUCUGGUGCACUUUACUUCUGGUACCAAGUGACCCUCAAGCCAUUUAAUAUUUUUUCUAAAUUAAAAGAUUUUGCAACACUUUUUCUUUCCUAAAUAGAGGAGAAACGGGCCAUUUCCUCCAUUGAGUGCUGAGUUUUUGGUUACUGUAUGUCAGGAUGGAUCCAUAAACAAUGCAGAUAAACUACAGCUGGCCACACAAGUGGGUCUGGAAUUAGAGCAGAGGGAGGGAAAUUCCAGGAAGCUGAUCCUUGGUGGGCAAGUUGAGCACAGUUAAGCCAGCCCUGAGGCUCCCCAGGUUGGCUGCUGCUGUUUCUUAGCCACUUCUGAGCUCUGCUGCAUCUUCAGUGGUUUAAAGGCCAAAAUCCAUCUUCUGUGGCCUUUUUGCUGUUGAUCUUGAGCAGAACAGGAUCAGACUGUUGCUGAUGGAGGCCUGCCUGGUGUUCCCUCACAGAGCUGCUCUUGCUGUACCAUCUGUACCCAGAGGGUUCCACGGAUGGUGCCUCAUGGGGUCACCUUUGGGGCAGUGGAACCCACCGUGUCCACUUGUUGAUUGUUGCCUACUCUAAUUUAUAAAAGUACAUUCAGUUCUGAUCAAGGUCUCUUCAGGAGAGUCCCAAAGUGCCUUUCCCUGCCUAAGCCUCUCUCAGAAGACAGCAACAUUUUGGGAGGGAGGAUUCUGCCUCAGCUGAGCUCUUCCUAAUUUAAUUUUCCUAACCACAAGCUCCACUUUGUGCCCGUUUGUAGUUAACUCUGCACUUCCAGGGGCAGGUGGCAUUAACCCUUGGGCCUGCAUGGUUCCAGUCCUGGAAUUUACAAUUUUAUUAAUAUAUUUAAAUUUACAAUUAAAAUACAAUUCAGUGAGGUUUUUACAAGUGUGUCUCAAUUCAAAUUGUCUUGGAUUCCUGCAAACUUUUCUUGGUGCUGAACACUAACUCCGGAGUACAGACAAGACAAAGCUCCAGUGAUGUCUCACAGGAAAACAAAAGGCUUCCAGGUUUGUUUAGUCCUGACUUUCUUGAUUAGAAAAUGAAACAAAAUGGAUUUGUAGUGGAACUUUUUUUUUUAUAUAGGUGCUUUUAGGCAAUGUUUACCUAGAUGUCUCUUGACUCGAGUGCCAUCCUGAAGGACUGGUGGGGGGCUGCCAGUACUGUACAGAACUCGUCAGGGUCCUCCCCUCACCACCCCUGUGCUUUUUGUACUUGUCCUACGAGUUUAUGACUUGCCAU